ACGUCACAGUUCGUCCAGGUCUGCAUAGCAAACCAGUUAGCAUUACAUCUCUGUUAGCGAGGCGCUCUAAUAAGUAGACAGAUCUGGUCAUGGAGGAGCACAGUCUGACCUGCACCAUCUGCUUGGACCGUUUCCAAUACCCAGUGACUAUCCCUUGUGGCCACACCUUCUGCAAGAAAUGCAUAUCCACACACUGGGAUCAGAUGGAGCAAGAUGGACCUCAGAAUACAUCAUUCAACUGCCCAGUUUGCAAAGAGACAUUCUCCCCUAGACCCAAUCUGAAUCGGAACGUGUCCCUGUCCGUUUUGAGCGAAGUGGCUGCCAACAGCACAGCAGAGAGAUCUGCGGGUGCGGCGUGUAGUAUGGACCGAGUCGAAGACGUCUCCGAGGAGCUCUGUCCUCGCCAUCAAAAGCCUCUUAUUUACUACUGCAGGAAAGAUUGUAUGUGUGUGUGCUGUGUGUGCUCUUUGAAAGAGUGCAAAGACCACGACAAGGUGCUGGUGGAAGAGGAAAGGUGCAACCGUGAGGAGGCACUGAAGAAGAAAAGCAUGGAGAUCGGAAAGUGCAUGGAGGAUACAGAGAAGAACAUUCAGCUACUCUCAGAAAAUAUCACUGAAGCUAAGGUGUCGCUGCAGCAGACGUCUCAGUGGGUGAGCGCCAAGUUCUCACAGCUGCUGAAGGUGCUGAUGGAGAAACAGGAAGUGACGCAGAGUUUCCUGGAGCAGCAGCAGGCCAGCACGGUGUCUCAGGCCGAGUCUCGGCUCAGCAACCUGCAGGAGAAACUUAAGCAGCUCGGAGAGCUUCAGGAGCAGAUCAGCAGCCUCUGUGCCGUCCCCGACCGCCAGCUCAUUCAGGACUCCAGGCUGGUGGAGGUCCCUCAGAUGGUUUCAGUUCCUGUAGACGUCAGUGUAAACCUUCAGGAGAAGCUGAGUCCGGUCACAGACGUCCUGUCUCGCAUCUCAAAGCUGGUGUGUGAGGAUCUGGAUAAAGCUGUGUACGCAGCUGUGAGCCACAUCAAAGAAGGCUCUCCUCAAGACAAGAGACCAAUGCUUGCUGUUGUGCCAAGUCCAGCCACUCCGCCUUAUCCAGCCGGAAAGCAGGGCCUCAUUCAAUACCGUUGUUCGUUGACCUUUGACCCUCGCACAGCCAACGGUCACCUCAUGCUUUCUCAGAACAACCAGCGAGCGGAGCACCUGACCUCAGGGCCUCGUCAGGUGCCAGCUCACGAGGCGCGUUUCGAUUAUACCUGGCAGGUGUUGUGCUUUGAGAAUUUCACACACGGUCGCCACUACUGGGAGCUGGAGGUGUCCAAACCGUGGGCGUACGUAGGCGUGACGUACCCGAGCAUCCUACGCAAGGAGAAAGGCAGGACAUCCAUGCUGGGAAUGAACGAGCUGUCAUGGAGCCUGGAGCUGAACGAGCGCCAGCUCACGGCUUGGCACGGCAGUCACGGAGAGCCUGUAAAAGGCGAGCUGCAGUUAAACAAACGCCCUCUGCGUAUCGGCAUGCUGCUGGACUAUGAGGAAGGCACUCUGGCUUAUUACGGGGAGAACCAAGUGAGGUUGCACGCCUUCCACUGCAUCUUUUCCCAUGAGCUCUAUCCUGCCUGCUGGAUCGGAGAGGGGGUCAGCGUCACUCUCUGCCCAGUGUGAGCAACCUUACAAGUUCAGAAACACCGUGAUUCAGCCCAUGAAGCACUUUCUAACUUAUUGAACUCUGCAGCAAAUAAACAAGCACACCAUAGGACCACUUAAGUCCACUAGAGUAGGGAAGUAGUUCCAGGCCUCCUGAGAACUAACAAAUGCUUCUUGCAAAAUCCGCUUCCUGAAACCUGGAAUUUUUUAUUAGAAAAGCGAGCUGAAGCGCUGUGCUCAAAGACACGUAUUACAGAACUCCCAAAAGCCAGACGCUCCAGCACAAGUUACACUUUUUAUUUAAUAAAGAGAACCAUCUUCUUCACUAAUAUUUUUUUUUCUGACGUUGCGUUUGUGUAACGUUAACGAUUUUGUUGCAGUUAAUGCACUUUGUGGUAUGGUGAAAAUGUUCGGUACUGAAAAUGGUGUUUUCACACACGGACAAGCGGUUAAUGAAUGAAUGAAUGAAUGAAUGAAUGAAUGGUCAAGAGCAGUCUUUUUAAGCUCCUGUAGCUCUACUAUACACAUUACCGGUCAAAAGUUUGGAGACACUUGACUGAAAUGUUUCUCGUGAUCGUUAAAAAUCUUUCGAUCUGAAGGUGAAUGAUUAAAUGUGUGAAAUCGGUGUUGUAGACAAAAAUAUAAUCGAGCAGACAUAUUCAUUUCUUUCAUUAGAAAACUAAUAUUUUAUUCACAAAAAAAUAUUGUUUUAAGCGGACGACUCGGAGCGUAAUAUUCCGAAAAGCAGCCGAUGAGAGUCCAGCGUAGGUGGGAACUCCUUUUAAUACUGUUUAAAAAGCAUCUCAGGGAAAUUCCUCAAGAAAUCGGGUGAGAAAACGCCAAGAAUACAUUUCUGGAAAUUCUAGGAAAAAAGGGCGUCUACUUCGAAGAUGCUAAAUAAAUGAAUUUAUUUUGGAUUUUUUAUCACAACAUAAUUCCCCUAGUUCCAUUUGUGUUACUCCAGAGUUUUGAUGACU